AUGGAUAAAAGUGAAAAGAAAUCCAAGGAAGUUGUCUCAAGAGACAAUUUAAGCGAACACGACAUUGCUGUUUCAGAUGACAAAAAAUAUGUUUGUGAUAUUUGUCAAGAAGCAUUUACACAAGAAUCAAGCAUAACAGCACAUAGAGACAAAAUUCACAAAGAACAAAAAUUUUUUGCUUGUAACAAGUCUGAAGAAGAAUUUGAGUUCCGAAAUUUUGAAAAUAAAUCAACGUUACUUAAGCACAAUAAGAUAUUCCACGAAGUUUUUAAAUCUUUCUUAUGUGAGAAAUGUGCGAAGAGAUUUGGAAAUAAACAGAGUUUGUUUUUACAUGUAAAAACAGUACACGAUGAUGGGAGAGAUUUCGCUUGCGAUAGGUGUGAAAAAAAAUUUGGACAAAAAUCGGAAUUUUUAAAGCACCAAAGGAGAGUACACGAAGGUCUGAAAAAUUUGACGUGUGACAUUUUAAAGCAGAAAUUGGGACAUAAGUCCAAUUUCCUCUUUUAUCAAAAUACAAUUUACAAAAGUCGCAAAGAUUAUGAAUGCGACAAAUGCCAGAAGGAAUUUGGAAAAAAAUCACAUUUGCUUUUGCACCAGAGGACCGUACACGACCGUUUCAAAGAUUAUGCAUGCGACAAGUGUGAAAAUAAAUUUGGACAAAAAUCGACUUUGCGUGUGCACGUAGCCACAGUCCAUGAGAGUCGCAAAGAUUAUCCAUGCGACAAGUGCGAGAAGAUAUUUGGACAAAAACAACAUUUGCUCCGCCACCAAAAAACAGUACACGAGGGUCGUAAAGAUUACAAAUGUGACAAGUGUGAGAAAAAAUUUGGAACGAAACAGCAUGUUCUUUACCACCAAAAAGCAGUUCAUGAAGGUCGCCAAGAUUACGCAUGCGACAAGUGUGAAAGGAAAUUUGGAAAACGAGGAAAUCUUAUUAGACACCAAAAAACAACCCACGAAAAUCGUAAGGAUUAUAAAUGCGACAAGUGUGAGAAGAAAUUUGGACAUAAAUGGAUUCUGAUUAAACACAACAAGACAGUGCAUGAAGGUCGCAAAGAUUAUGCAUGCGACCAGUGUGAUAGUAAAUUUGGACAGAAACACAAUUUGCUCGACCAUCUGAAAACAGUGCACGAAAGCCGUAAAGAUUUCACCUGCGACAAGUGUAGAAGGAAAUUUGGAAGUCAAAGAAGUAUGAUGAGACACUUUAAAACAAUUCAUGAAGGUCAAAAGAAUCAUGAAUGCGACAAGUGCGAGAAAAAAUUUAGACAAAAGUCAGAUUUGAUCAGACAUGAAAAGAUAACCCAUGAAGAUUGCAAAGAUUAUGCAUGCGAUCAGUGUGGAAAAAAAUUUGGUCAUAAAUCAGAUUUGUUUAAACACAAGUUAAAGAGGAGAGCCGAAGAGCAUCCAGGCGAGUCGCUGUCUCUGAUACUCCGAAGCGAGCUUCAUGGUUUAGACGGUGCUGUUUUGGCGCGCUUACCCGAAAGGAAGAACCUCAUGAAUUCGAUGAGACGCUUCCGCCGAAAAAAAUUAGCAGCAAAUCCAAUUUGA